UAUAAAUCUAAAAAAAGGUGCUAUGUUUUAUAAUUUAAUAAGCCUUCCAAUUUUAAUUGUUUGUCAAUCGUUUCACUACUUAAUUUUUUGCCCUUAGUGAAUUAAUAUACAGAGGACCGCGUUAACUCCGCAUUACAAUAAAAUAUCUCAUUUUAGAUUUAUAUGUUAAGAAGAGGUCAGAUUAUAAACAAUUAUAAUUUGUCAUGGCAUAUUAAAAGUUAACUCCGAAAAAUUUCAAUGUUUAAAAUAAUGCUACGUGAUUCGAUUAAUUAUUUACUGUUCACGAUAUUUUUUAUGAUUUUAUCACUAGUACAGGUAAAAUCCUGAAAUCUGGAUAUGUAAUAUUCGAAUCGUUCUAGAUGACAAGCAUACGAAAUUGUGACAUUUAAAGCAGCAAACUAAUUUAUUAUAUAUUGGAAACAUUGGAGCAUAUAAUAAUUUCAAUAUAAUUCUAUUUAAAUAUUCCACAUAAAAAAUAUUAUAGAACAUAUAGUAUUGAAAUUUGGACUUCAUACAUCUAUCUUAUGUCUAUAGAUUUUUCUGUCUAUGUCAUGUAUCUUAUCAUGUCGAUUUCUUUUAAUUAGAUAAAACGUGUACUAUGUGAUAUACUAAAUAUUACAAUACCUAGAUAGCAAUGCAUUCAGGACAAGAGAAAUAUUUACUACUACAAAUUUUCGUUUGGUUGCAAUCACGUUGCUGUAAUGAAGAUGCGAAUCCCUUUGUAUAGGGCAACCUAAAGGCAACAGGAAGGAAACUGUUUCCCAAGCAACUGAAGAGCAAUAGCAAAAAAAGAAGUCCAAUUCUUUAAUAAAUUCUAAAAAAUUUUGUAGACGUAAUGGCUACAGCGGAAGAAGAAGUUACAGAUUUACUUUGGGAAGAAAUGAAGAUUUUUGCCACCGAACAACAACAAUACUUGUACGAAAUUCUAUCCGAUUAUACGAUAUAUGAAAGUAAUGAACAUAAAUAUCUAAAACAGAAUAUAGGAUAUGCAAUUUAUGGGCCACCGAAGACCAAAGAUACUAGUGCAGAAAAGAAUGACUGUUGUAGCAAAGAGACAGAAAAUCUAAAUGAUGCGAAUGAUGCAACUGAUAUAGCGGAUUAUGAUGACAAAGAGAAAGAAAUUAUAGAUAAGAUUUAUGAUCAGAUAUGCAAAUCUACGAUAGAAACAGAUGAUUCUCAAUCAAUUUACUUUAGUACAAUUUAUAAUAUGAUAAUCCGUCCUAAAACAGAUAUGAAGCCUAAGGAAGAAGAAGUGAAAAAGGAAGAAAAGAAAGAAUCUAAAGCAGAGAUAAAAGAAGAAGCAAAGAAUGGUGAAAAACAACAGUUUAUCGUAACGCCUGUUCCCAUUUUUAAAAUUGGAAAAAGUGUUCAAAAAAAGAACGUCAAAGCUACAAACAGCGCUAAACAAGAGAAUGCACUAACUGCUGUGGAAAUACUGUGCGAAACAUUGAAAUACGUUGAUCUCAGUGGCAGAGCAUACAAAACUUGGGCAGACUAUAAAGAAAAUAAUAACUUACCGCAAUGCACUAUGGUUCUUCCAAAAGAUGGUUUUUAUCAACCAGAUCCAAGUUAUCCAAUUACAGAGGAUUAUUCGACAGUUUGGCUGGAGAUUAUGGAUUCCCCUGCAUGUACGUGGACAGCAAAGCUUUGUAAUGGAAUGGAUAUCACUUCUAGUGUCGUUGGAAUUUGCUCACUUGGUUUGAGUGUCGCAUCAAUGUUCACACCUCUUGCGCCAGUUGUUAUUGCAUCAGCUGUUGCUGGUGCUGGUGUAAGUGGUGCUUGGACAAUUGGCCGAAGUUCUCAACAAUUAAUAGACCGCAGUAAUCACGAAGAAUCUAUUUAUCUUUUUGACAAUGAAGCAUUUCCACAUUAUCUUGGCAUAGCCGGCACCGCAUUUGGUUUAGGAGCAAUUGGAGGAACAGCGAUUAUUUCUGAAGUUGCUGCACGCGGUAUGACAGUAAAUACCUUUGCAAGGGGUGUAUUCAAUACUAUACAAGGUGGCAACCUGUUCUUGAACGGCGUUGGUGUGGCAUAUCAGGGUUAUAAUAUGAUAAACAAAUAUAUAACGGAGGAAACAAUUAGUGUCGUAGAUGCAUUAAAUUUAGCAACGCAUCUCAUGUUUUUCUGUAGCUCUGUAGUAAAGAUUGAAUUCGCCAACGAUAUUAUUAAAAAUACUCAAGGUAGAGUUAUCAAUGAUUACAGGGAAAGUUUGAGCUCUAAACGUCUGCGCAAAAAGUUUAAUCGCGUUAAAAAUAAAGCUGCCGUAAAUAAUACAAGUAAAAUAUUCGAGAAUGCGGAGGUGAUACGCUACAUAAAACAUCGUCAAGAGUUAUUGCCUAAUCAGCCUGUAAUUAACAGUGGUAACCAGAUGUUAGACAAUACUUCACGUAAUAUCGUAUGGUCGUUUGAAGGUGGCAAACUAAUAGUCAAUGAUAUCAAAUUAUUAGAUCCUAUCGAGUAUGUUACUAGCCUUAUAAGUCUGGGUAUAUUUAUCGACAAUCAAAACAAUUCCACUGAAAGUCCGCGAAACUAUGCUAAUGACGCUAACGCUGAUCAGUUAUUAGAAGUAUUAUAUGACUUAUUAUCGAAGUUCUAUGCAAGCGACGAUUGUCCUGAAAGCAUGAACCUACCGAUAGUGCCAGAUUUCGAACGGCUAAUAAGGGAAAUGAGUUCCAUGCGUAUUGAUGAAAAUUGUUUAAAGAUGCUGUUUGAAAUCACUGAAAAAUUAAUGAAACGUUCUAAAAAUAUGAAGGACUUUUUAAUUCAAACAUUUACUUUUGUUUGGCAAUAUUGUAAAGCGAACUUGAAGCAGUGGGGCAUGAGCUUAUCCUAUUGCACACAAAGCGUUUCUGGUAGUAACAUUUUGCAAAAGAUUAUCAGGGCAGUUUUUGAAGCAAUUGAUAUGAUACUUAAUAAUUUGUUCCAUGCGUUUGUGAUGUACAUGGAUUCCAAUAUGGACAGAUAAAUCGAGAAUAUAAAUUCUAAUAUUAAAAACAAAUUA